AUGGCCGGGCCAACCGCCCACGCCAAGAAGGCGCAAAAAUUGGAUCUGACCCUUUUAGAGAGAAGGCCAAGAUAUAUAGUCUAUCCCGACGGCCAUCAAGGUGCUCCGUUGCUGUACUCUUUUCCCACCAUGCAAUAUUUGUGGGAUAAUUCGGUCUUUCUCCAGUUCGUGAUCCAUUCAGGCUCCCAGCUUGGCGUCAACCUCUGCGGGCAGCAUAUCCUUGAUGGUCGAAGUCCCAGUAAUGAGUUCUCUGUUGUCAUCAAAUUCGUGGUGUUCAUGGAAGGAUCCUGGGGCGUUGACAUGAUGGGCCCAGGAGGUGGGCAUCUAUAUAAGCCCCCGACUUGUGCCAACCGACGAUUUGAGCGGUCAGGCCACUCGUUUUUUGAUAUCUUCACGCUUAUAGACUUGCGUUGUAUAUCCAACAAUAUGUAUAACUUUAAUAUUCUGAUGAUGGCUCUUCUCGCCGCCUCAUCAGCCACCGCACAAACUUUAGCCCCUUCUCCCACUGAAUCUGUCGGGUGUGAGGCUCACGGAGAUCACUGGCACUGCGAUGGACCAGCUUCAAGCACCGUCGAAGCAGCAACUGCAUCUAGCAUUAUCGCUUCGGUAACGGAAUCCAGCGCUACCGGCUCAGUGACUGCAUCCAGCACGGUCAGCGUGGUGACUUCAUCUAGCACAUCAGACCACGAUGAGGACCACGAAGAAGGCUCUGCAACACUAGCACCAAGCCCUACCGAGUCUGUCGGAUGCGAGGCUCAUGGUGACCACUGGCACUGUGACGGCCCUGCUAGCACCACAUCUUCGGAGGCAGCAGCGGAGACGGGGGGUGCUGGGAAUCUGAGAAUGGGUAGUGCCGCUCUCGUAGGGGGGUUACUUGCAGCUGCGGGAAUGGGCUUGUGA